AUGCAGCCGGAUUAUCUAAAGCUCCCCCUUCCGAAGCUCGAAACCCCGGCCAAGCUUUGCGAGGAACGGGAGACACCGGGAAGCGGACAAUGUGCUCUCGCCGACAGAAAUGACGCCUCGUUCCUAACCACUAACCCAGCCAGGUCACGUUCAUCCAUUCCCACAACCAACAAUGGCGGCUCGAGUCCUCUUGCAAAGGCACGCUCUGGCGGCUGCUGCCCUUGGUGCUGUAGCCCUCAUGCCCGCAACGGCUCUGGCAGAGGCACCCGCCGUGGACAAGGUACGAUGAUGAACACGAGGCCGCCGCCUUUCAGCUGCUUUCGCGUUGCUGCUGCUGCUGCUGCACACCGUUCACUCCCGGACGCGGGCGGCUCGGCUCGCAACCCGCGUCAACCACAACCCCGGUCGCUAACGUUUUCAUCCUCGCAGCGGAAACCCAUCUACGACGACUUUGAGGCCCUGCCCCCAGCGCCCUCGGCCCCGAACGCCGCGCCCCCAGCGACCGCGCCCGCGCGAGAAACCAGCAGCGACCGCGACGACACGCCGCUGGCGGUGGUCAGGAAGCCGCGCGGACCGACGCCGACCGACCAGCUGGCGGUGCAGAUCGGCAAGGGCCGGCUGGCGCUGUACCGGCUCGCCGUGGCCGCCGAGGACAGGGUCAACGAGGCCAUGGACUGCGCGUUUGGGCUGGAGCAGUCGUUUACGCGGACGCUGGCCUCGCUGGCGCCCGCCCGCGCGUCGGGCGAGAAGCUGAUGCCCGGCGCCAUCUACGUGCUCGUCGCCGCCAUGGCCGGCAGCAUCGUCGCGCGCAACCGCGACGUGCUGCUGCGCGCCGCCGCGCCCCUCGCCUUUGGCGUCGGCGCCGGCUGGGCCGUCCUGCCCGUCACCAUGCGCAACGUCGCCGACCUCAGCUGGAAGUACGAGCAGCGCUUCCCCGCCGUCCGCGACACCCACCUCCAGAUCCGCGAGGGAAUCGAAAAGGGCGCCAGCUUCGCCAGGGUUCACGCCCGCCUCGGCGUCCGCCUCGUCGACGAAAAGGUGACGGAUGUCAGGGAGAUUGUCGAGGGUUGGGUCAAGCAGGGUAAAUAA